AUGUUCCAGGUGCAGCCCCAGCGUAGGCUCGAAGCACAGAUACGGGGCCCAGCUCAGCAUGCCCUCAGACUAGCUUGUCCCGGCAGUCAUAUGCUUUUUCAAGUGGGCUGUAAUCGAGUCGAGGAAUGGAUCUUCCUGCGUUUGUCAUUGCCUGCACCUCUCUGCUUGCUCUACAUCUCACAAACAUUGGAUGGACCCAGGCGUAUUUGA